UCAGGCAGACAAACUGAACCUACAUUUUUCAAUGUUAAAUAAUGAAAAGCCUCUGUAGAUGUACAAAGGAGAAUGGUCUCUGAGCUUGUUGCACAUAAGCACUAGACUUCUAUUCUACCUUAAUCUUUGCAGUUUUCAUUAUUCAUACUGAUAACUAUAGAUGAGGCAGUUCAGAAGAGAUUUUCUUUCCUUGAAUAGUUUGGGCUGUUUUGUCAUUUCAGAUAUGAGGACUUGUUGGUUUAAUGAUGUUUGUCUCUCUCCCUCCAGGCAGCUCCACACACCCACUAACAUCCUCCUCCUCUCUCUGGCUGUCUCAGACUUUCUCGUGGGCCUCCUGGUGAUGCCUGGAGAAAUCCUACGACAAACAUCCUGCUGGUUUCUUGGUGAUCUGAUGUGUUCUCUGUAUAAUUAUGUGUCCCUCAUCAUCACCUCUGCUUCAGUAGGAAACAUGGUGCUCAUAUCAGCUGACCGUUAUGUGGCUAUUUGUGACCCUCUGCAUUACACCACCAGAGUCACUGGCAGAAGAGUUAAACUCUGUGUUUGUCUGUGUUGGCUCUGUUCUGUUUUCUACAGCAGUUUCUUUGUAAAGGACGACCUGACUCAACCAGACAAACAUAGUUCCUGUUAUGGAGAAUGUGCAUUUUUCAUUGAUCAUGUUGUUGGAACUAUUGACAUUGUCUUGAACUUUAUUUUUCCAGUUACCAUCAUCAUAAUUCUGUACAUGAGAGUAUUUGUGGUGGCUGUGUCUCAGGCUCGUGCCAUGCGCUCUCACAUUACAGCUGUCACUCUCCAGCGUUCAGCUUCUCUAACAACAAAGAAAUCUGAGCUGAAAGCAGCCAGGACUCUUGGUGUUCUUGUAGUUGUGUUUCUAAUAUGUUUCUGUCCAUAUUACUGGGUUUCUCUUGCAGGGGACAACUUGCUCAACACCUCAUCUGCAUCUUUUGUGAUCUAUCUCUUCUAUUUUAACUCCUGUCUAAACCCUGUGAUCUAUGCCUUGUUUUACCCCUGGUUCAGGAAAGCUGUUAAACUCAUUGUCACUCUUCAGAUACUGCAGCCUGGCUCCUGUGAGGCCAACAUACUGUAGAGAGUGAAAUGAGAUCUGUUUCAAAAAGAUUCAUUUAUUCAUUAUCUUUACUGCUUAUCUGUUACGGGUUGCGGGGGGGCUGGAUACUCUCCCAGCUGACAUUGGGUGAGAGGCUGCAUGUCUUUGGACUGUGGGAGGAAGCUGGAGUACCUGGAGAGAACCCACACAGGCACGGGGAGAACAUGCAAACUCCACACAGAGAAAAGCGAACCUUGAACCAGAACCUUCUUGCUAUAAGGCAACAGUGCUAACCACUGACCUGACCUAACCACCAUGCUGCUCCUGCUCCUUACAAAGAUUUUCUACUGAAUUCAAAUUCAAAAAGCAUAAAUGAAAAUGUACACUGUAAAUAGGCAGUGAAUAAGAAAAUUGCUGCUGACUCCAUUUAGGAGAAGUCUGUUUAUAUUGGUAUAUUGUCACAGUAGCUGCAGUGCCUUAGUGUCAGGUUCAGUACAGAGCAGCAUUUUUCUUUGAUAUUUGAUGGUUUUGAGAUUAGCAGCUCUGCAAAUGAAGAUGUACCUGAGGCUACUGAUAAUGAAGAAUUAGUUUUUUUUGCCAUUCAUGAAUGAGAUCAUUUUAAAGCAGAGGUGCAGCGUGUACUUUAAAUGGACAACAGUGACUAUACACCUAAGCACCGGUUCCAUGACACGUUAGGACAAAUGAAGUUAUCUCAGUUAAAUAACAGACUACAUUGUGAAAUAUUCCUGAAUUUUGAAAAACCACAAAUUAAUGAGAUAAAUGAUGAAAAUUGUUUUUGUGGAUUUAUUAUUGUUAAUAAUACACACAAAGUUUAAAAGCAAUUUGAGGAGGCGCCCUCAUAGCCGAAUGGUUAGGGUGCGUACCAUGUGGGCCCUAGUGGUCUGAGCAGGCAGUUUGACUCCAGAUCCGGCCGGACCUUUACUGCAUGUCAUUCCCCCACUCUCUCCCUGUUUCCUGUCUCUCUC